AUGGAUAUUAUGACAGCGUUUGUGAAAUGGAGCUUCAGUCUAUUUCGCCGAGGAUACAAACAAACUAUUACAAUAGAAGACCUGUGGAGGGCAAGUGAAAGCGACCACUCAGGUCGACUUGGAGAUCGCCUUGAGCAAGCGUGGGAGUAUGAACUUGAUACAGCUAAACGAAAAGGCAUCAAGCCAUCAUUUUCUAGAGCAAUUGUACGAUCGUUUUGGUACGAAUACAUGCUUUGUGGUUUAGUAGUCGGACUGCUGUUCAUUGUGCUAUGGCCACUCAUACCAUACACAUUAGCUUUAUUUAUUAAUUAUUUCUCGGAAGAUAAAACGCCAGAGACGUAUAGAAAUGCACAUAUUUACAGUUUUCUAUUGAAUUUUUUGAGUAUACUAACGUCAUUGUUGCUGAACCACGUAGGAUUAAGUCAAGGACGUGUUGGAAUGCGAGUUAGAAUAGCAAGUUGUUCUUUGUUGUAUAGAAAAAUAUUAAAACUAGACCGUACAGGUUUAAGCAAAACAGAGGCGGGACAAGUUAUCAAUCUGAUGUCCAAUGAUGUUAAUCGUUUUGAUUUCGUGUCACUAUUUCUGAACUACUUGUGGGUAAUGCCCAUCGUAGUACCAGUUGUUUCUUUCCUAGUAUGGCAGCAUGUAAAAUGGGCGGUUUUUGCUGCUCUAACCGUUAUAUUUUUGCAAACGGUGAUCGUUCAAGCGUAUCUGAGUAACCUUCAAGGAGUUUUACGAGGCAAGAUAGCAAAACGUACGGAUGAGAGGGUUAAGGUGAUGAGCGAGUUAGUGAAUGGAGUUCAAGUGAUAAAAAUGUACAGCUGGGAGAAACCGUUUGAGAAAUUAGUAGAUAAGUUGCGCAAGAUGGAAGUGAGUUUUGUAAUGCGAACGUCCAUGAUCAAGGGAUUCUCAACGGCUUUAAGUGUGUUUACGGAGAGGUUUAUUUUAUUUGCUGCCGUAGUGGCAUUCGUCGUUAUUGGAGGUGAAAUCAGAGCUGAAAUUACAUUUUCGCUUGUUCAAUAUUUCAAUUUGAUGCAACUAGCUUGUAACAUAUUUUUCCCGCUGGCUUUGGCGUACUUGGCUGAAACUAAAGUGUCCAUAAGACGUCUUGAGGAAUUUUUGCUGUUAGACGAAUUGAAACCAGAAAGGUUAGGAGUUGUGAAGACUAUAGAUCCAAAAGCUAUUGUGAGCAAUGGAACUGAGAAGGAAAAACCAAGGCCUACUGCAUUAGUCCUGUCUGGAAUGAGUGCCAGUUGGCAACCUGAGGCGAUUGUGAAUACGUUAAGGAAUAUAUCUUUUACCGCCCAGCCUGGAGAGUUUAUAGGCAUAGCUGGUCUCGUCGGUUCUGGCAAAUCUUCGCUCCUCCAAGUCAUAUUAGGAGAGCUGACCCCGUCCCAAGGAACGGUGUCCCUGGGCGAUGCACGUGUCUCGUACGCCAGCCAAGAGCCUUGGCUGUUCGUAGCUUCUGUAAAAGAGAAUAUACUUUUUGGUCUGCCCUAUGAUCGAGUGCGCUAUAAAAAGGUAGUGAGCGCGUGUGCGUUGGUGCGAGACUUCGAGCAACUUCCCGCAGGUGACUCCACGUUGGUAGGAGAGCGCGGCAUCAGCCUCAGUGGUGGACAGAGAGCACGCAUUGGACUGGCAAGAGCUUGUUACAGACAGGCUGAUAUCUACCUAUUGGACGACCCACUGUCGGCAGUGGACACACAUGUUGGCAAGCACUUGGUAACGGAGUGUGUGCUCGGCCUCCUGCGCCACUCAACCCGGAUCCUUGUCACACAUCAGUUGCAUCACCUCAAGGCUGCCGACAAAAUAAUCAUUUUACGAAAUGGCGAAAUGGAGACUCAAGGUAAUUUCGAUGAGGUGUCCCAAUCACCUCUUUUCAACGAGCUACUACAAGAGGACGAGCCCGAGGAAGCUGCUAGGCCGAAGUAUUUGCGACAGAGAACACUUUCUAUUCAGUCACAUACGAGUACGACGAGCACGUUACAAGAUGGUGGAGGACCAGAAAUGAUUCAGCCGGAGGAGACUGAGGAACUAACGGCAACAGGCCGAGUUCCGGGAGCUGUAUAUCUUCAGUACUUCAGAGCUGGAGGUAGUUACUCGCUAAUACUGGGCACUACGGUCGCUAUUAUCUUGGCUCAAGUAGUCACGUCUUUUAGCGAUCUUUGGCUGACAUUAUGGAUGAACAAUGUAGAAACGAGACAUUUAGAAAAUACCAUGAGAUCAUUAAACAUCACUGAAAAUGGAAACACUACAUUAGAUGAUAGUAUUGAUAAUGGAACUUACGCCUUUGAAAAUAUUACGUUACCUACGGAAGACAUACCAUCGAGUACAAUGGCACCGAACCUCACCAUAGUUGGCACUAUGUUAAGGACCGCAAUUACCAUGCAUAAUCUUACUGAAACAGUGACUCAAGAACAAUUUGGCCAUCCGUUCUAUAUUUAUGUUUGGGCGAGUGCAAUUUUAGGCUGCAUUUUACUUACAACUGGGAGAUCAAUGUUAUUCUUGUGGGUGUGUAUGCGCAGCUCAAUAAAACUACACAAUCAGAUGUUUAGCAAUAUCUUGGCAGCAACGAUGCGGUUCUUCGACACCAACCCUUCUGGACGCAUCCUCAAUAGAUUCUCUAAAGACAUGGGCGUCGUCGAUGAGAUCUUACCCAGGAUGUACCUGGACAGUAUACAAAUAUUCAUGGUAAUGUUAGGUAUCUUAGUUAUGGUCGCUAUCGUCAACCCUUACAUGCUCUUGACAACGGCAGUUUGUGGUGUCUUAAUGUACAUAUGGACAGUCAUCUUCUUAAGUACAGCGCAGGCCAUAAAAAGAGUGGAGGGGGUGGCACGCAGCCCGGUGUUCUCACACGUGUCAGCGACAAUGGCGGGCCUUGGGACUGUGCGAGCGUCCGAGGCGCAAGACAUGCUACUUAAACACUUCGAUGAGAAACAGGACAUUCACACAGCCGCCUGGUUCCUGACCAUGGUCACAAAUACAGCUUUUUCCAUUUGGCUCAGUUUGAUAUGUGCUUCGUACGUGGCUGUCGUAGCUUACACCUUCCUGUUACUCGAUGACGGCACUACAAAAUCUGGCAACGUCGGCCUGGCGAUAAGUCAAGGUCUGAUUCUGGUGAACAUGGUCCAAUAUGGUGUAAAGCAAACGACUGAAGUUAUUUCUCAGAUGACAAGCGUAGAGCGCGUGGUGCAGUUUACGUCACUGCCGCGAGAGAACACGGAAGGGCCGUCACCUCCAGCCGGCUGGCCGCAGCGAGCUAGGCUUGUGUUUAAAAACCUAUCACUAAGAUACGAUAAGGAUGCCGAUCCAGUCCUCAAAAAACUGAACAUUGUGAUCGAAAGCGGUUGGAAGGUAGGAGUAGUCGGCCGUACUGGCGCUGGAAAGUCUUCUCUCAUAUCAGCACUCUUCCGUCUAGCGCCUUUAGAGGGGAAUGUUUUUAUAGACGACGUCGAUACCGAGGAAAUCGCUCUCAAGGAACUACGAUCUAAAAUUUCCAUAAUUCCUCAAGAGCCGGUACUGUUCUCGGCUAGCUUACGUUACAAUAUGGAUCCGUUCGAUAAAUACACUGACGCCGAUAUAUGGAAAGCUUUAGAACAGGUUGAAUUGAAACGCCACGUGACGUCACUGUCUGCCGCUGUGCAGUCGGGAGGAUCGAACUUUAGCGCCGGACAGCGACAACUGCUUUGCUUAGCGCGCGCUGCACUCGGCCGGAACAAGUUGCUCGUACUUGACGAAGCUACAGCGAAUGUGGAUCCUAACACGGAUGCCCUGAUCCAGAAAUCCAUUCGCCAUUAUUUCAGUGAUUGCACUGUAAUAACCGUCGCACAUCGAUUGCACACGGUUGCCGAUUCUGACAGAGUUGUUGUAAUGGAAGCGGGAGAAAUCGUGGAAUACGGUCAUCCACACGACCUACUGCAGAUGGAGGAGGGACGCUUUACCGGAAUGGUGAAGCAACUCAGCCCCGCGGCCGAGCAGAGCCUGCGCGACCUCGCCGCGGCCGCGCACGCGCACCACAUCCGCUACGUCGACGCUGACGACACCCACCGGCCCUAG